GAACAAGAGCUCCCUGCGUUCAGUCCCAGCUUACCCAUGCACUCUCCAACUAAAGAAAAAAGAAACUCCGGCGACAUCGCCGCCGCCAUGGAGCGGUGGACCGGCGACCUCCACGUCCCGCUCACCCGAGGCGGCCCCCUCUUCCGCGUCGCCGCCUCCCUCCUCCUCACACCCUCCAAAACCCUCGCCGUUCCCCGCGCAAACGCGAUCCUGUUCACGGGAGACCGCGCCCGGGGCACCGGCGAUCCGGCGGUCGAGCGGCUGUCGGACGCCGCCUACCUCGCCGGGCUCCUCGCUGGGAAGCUCGCCGGGGAAGCCAACGCGUGGGUGGUCGAUGCCGCUUGCUUCGCUGGGCCGUUUGCGGUCUACCGAGAGCUCGUUCCGUCCGUGGACACCGUUGGCGACCCAGAGCGGUAUGACCCCAGUGGUCUACCGGCGGCGGCUGGCGUUGCCAACAUCUUGACACAAUGUAUUCGGGAGAUACAGAAUAUGGUUACUAGUGGCUCAUUGAAGGAUUCAAAAAGCAAUCAAGAACCCACUUCAUCAAUACUAUCGCACUCUCCCCCUAGGACUAUCAUUCUGGGGUUCAGCAAGGGUGGAGUUGUUGUCAACCAGCUUGUGACAGAACCCUAUUGGUUCUCCAUAUCAAGAAAAAGUUCAGUUGAUGUUUUACAACGAAGCACAGCCCUGUUGACCCGUAAUCUGCUUGUUCCUGCUACAGCAAGUGAUGUUUUAUCAAGUAUUUGUGAAUUCCAUUAUGUGGAUGUUGGCCUGAAUUGUACUGGAGCAUACAUUACUGAUCAUGAUGUGAUCAAAGGGGUAGCCAAUUAUGUUUGCCAUGCUAGCAAUAAUCUCUUUUUUGCCCUUCAUGGUACUCCGAGACAGUGGUCUGACCCGAACCGCCCUUGGAUCUGGGCAGAGAAAGACAGAAUGCUAGAAUUGCUUCAUGAUGAGGCUAAAAGAUGCGAAGGGAGAUUGUUGCUAGCUGAAAAGAUGUACUUUGAUGCUUGUAGCUUGCAGUCCCUGAUCACAAUGCGCAGGGAAUGAUAGAAUGUGAAUAUGUCGAAGGGUAUUAAAUCUGUUUUCUUCUUUUCCAACUUUACCGUAGCUUCACUCCUUCAGGUCUUACGUUGUGCUAAUGUGGUUUCUUGGUCUUUGAUAAUUAUCUGCAUACUGGGAUUUGUCUUCUUGUGUGCU